ACAACAUUUUGAGGUGACGUCAGGGGUUACGCGCAGCUCCUGACCCACUCCUCCGAUCUGCAGCGCUCGCCAUUCCUGUGCGCAACCAUAUUUCGGCGGCUACUUUAUUAAUAAAUAUAUGUGUUUAUAAGAAAUUGGCACGGUCGACGAACUGCGGAAGUAAACGAUAACCAGCCCGAGACAAGUUAGCGUACCACUACAUCAUGUCCCAGGAUAAGAGUGGCUACCCCGGCAUGGGGGUGACCAACCCACUCCACCACGACGUCUACGGGCCCCCCCAGCCUGGCUUUGGCAUGCCCCCUCCCAAUUACAACCAGGCACCUACCGGAGCCUUUCCUCCAGCAGCUGGGCAGCUGGGAUACCCCAUCCAGGGGCAGCCUGGUUACCCACAGGCCGGCUACGGGCAGCCUGAUUACCCACAGCCCGGCUACGGGCAGCCUGGUUACCCACAGGCCGGCUACGCGCCACAAGGCUACCCACAGCCAGGCCCUGGGUUUGUCCCAGAUGCCCAGGUGCCCUACGCAGAGGGCUCUUCCCUACCGUACCAGAACAGCCCCCAACAGCCGCUCACUCACUCGGGUGGACCAAUGGGAGUCCCUGUCUACGGGGAUGUGCCCCCAUCAUACUACGACAAUGAAGACUUCACCAACUCUGGCUUUGAGGACAAGACCAUCCGUCAAGCUUUCAUCCGCAAGGUCUUUAUGGUCCUCACAGUGCAGCUGACGGUCACAUUCUCCUUUGUGGCCGUAUUCACCUUCGUCGACGAAGCUAAGCUGUUUGUUCGCCACAACCCCUGGACGUACUAUGCGUCGUACGCCGUUUUCGUCGUGUCUCUCAUCGUGCUCAGCUGCUGCGGAGACUUCCGCCGCAAGCACCCCUGGAACCUGGUCGCGCUGUCCAUCUUGACCCUUAGCCUGUCGUACAUGGUGGGCAUGAUCGCAAGCUUCUACAACACGGACACCGUGAUCAUGGCUGUGGGCAUCACUGCUGUGGUCUGCUUCACGGUGGUCGUCUUCUCACUGCAGAGCAAGUAUGACUUCACUUCCUGCCGCGGCGUGCUCUUUGUCUGCCUGAUAGUUCUGCUGGUCUUCUCCUUCCUCUGCAUCUUCAUUCGCAACAGGAUCCUUGACAUCGUCUAUGCAUCCUUGGGGGCCCUUCUGUUCACCUGCUUCCUGGCUGUGGACACCCAGCUGCUUCUAGGUAAUAAGAAGAUGGCUCUGAGCCCAGAGGAGUACAUUUUCGCAGCCCUCAACCUUUACACAGACAUCAUCAACAUCUUCCUCUACAUCCUGGCUAUCGUGGGACGCUCCCGUGAUUGAGAGUGCCCAAUUAGUGGGAAUAUCUGAAGGAAGUGGGAAAGUGGGUUUCCGCAACAGUGAAUGACGCUAUUAUGCCCGAUCUCUUUAACACCUGUUUGUUGUAUGUUUUGUCGGUUUUCUCCACAUUUAUUUUCACACCUUGAAGCUGAUAUAUUGGGCUUAUGCAGCCUUUUAUGAAUGCAGAUGUAAAAGCAGUAAUACCUGACAAAUGUAACAGGCCACUAUGAUACCUGCUGUACCACUAGCUGUCUCCUGUUUUAUUAAUACAACUAGGGAACUUCGAUAUACACACACACACACACACACACACACACACACACACACACACACACACACCCUGUAUAUGUGUGUGUGUGUAUAUAUAAUGUGUGUGUGUGUGUGUGUGUGUGGCACUGCAGUUGGAGAGAAUCCCAUGCACACUAGCCUUGACUGGAAAGGAGCUAUUGCUAAAGAUACAUCUUCCCAAAUUAAUCCCGUUAAGGUAAAGUUAGUGCAUGGCAAUGUUAAACACAUCUGAAAUUGUGUUCUGAUUGUCUCGAUUCUCCCGGGGCUUGCCUUUCCUAGUCUGCUUGUUAGGUAGCUGUAAAUAGUCCAACUGUGUAACUAUAUGAUGCCAAUGUCCCUAACACGGUUUUCUGCUGAAUGAGUCUCAAGGCUUAUGGUGCUUGGCAGCUUGCAUUCUGAGACCGCAACUUGUCUUCACCUAGUAAAGAGACAGAACUCAUCAGGAAGUUAAAGGAGGAAGUUUAGUUUUUGAUGUCUUUAUUCACACACAUUUUGUCACAGUACACAUGUCCUUCCAGAGAAGAUAAGUGUGUCGCUUGAAAGUUCAUUCCUUUAAAUAUAAUUAGACUAGGCUGUUUUUAUAAAUUAUUUUUAAUAUAUUGUUUGCUCUUCCUUGCUAACUUAUUUGGUGUUAAAUUGUAUAGUAAAAUGGAGUGCUGUAAUUUUCCCUUACAAGUAAUGUGAAAUAUCGGAAGUAUUGAUAUUAAUACCAGCCUAGUGCAUAUAUAGGUCACUUGUCAAUUCAAAAACCUAAUUGAAGGAUAUGUUGGAAUUACUCUUAACAACUAUUUAUUGAGAUAGAAGAAAGAGAUAUUCACUGGAAGAAUAACCUCAGCAAAAUGAAACUAAUUGCCCAAUUUUGAAGAGUUUGUUUCUACAAAUGUUAGGUCAUUUUAAGACCUGUGGAGUUAAGCAUGUCAAUAUUUAAAAUUGAAUGGCUAAAAGAUAUUGAUCAUUGAGAAUAAGUAUGCUUAAUUCUUAACAUGAAUGGUAUAAUAAAGAUUUAUUUUAAAAAGUCUUGGGUUUUUUCUAGCUGUUGCAUGAACCUUUCAUCAUAUUUGCACGUGCUAAUGCACAUUUAUGAUUAUUUUGGAAGGGGAAUCGUAUUUGAGAAUUAUUGCUGAGAGGCCUGUAUAUUUUUAACUUGUGUUUCCAAUCGUGUGUAUAUAAAACUUCUUAGUGCUUUGACGUGUAUAGUACUUUGGAGCUUGGUAGGGUCUGUAUAUUUGCAACAGAACUUAAAUUGUAUUCCUCUACAAUGCUGUUUGCUUUACAUUAAAAGACAAACAAUCA